AUGGUCCCUACUAUCUAUCUAUCUAUCUAUCUAUCUAUCUAUCUAUCUAUCUAUCUAUCUAUCUAUGCCAGCCCGUCCAUUAUCUAUCUAUCUAUCUAUCUAUCUAUCUAUCUAUCUAUCUAUCUAUCUAUCUAUCUCCUUUUUCACAUCAUUAUCUAUCUAUCUAUCUAUGUGUUCAUUAUCUAUCUAUCUAUCUAUCUAUCUAUCUAUCUAUUCGUACCUCAUUUUGUUUCUUUCUUCCUCCUUCUUGCCUUCCCAUCUUUCUUCCUUUCCUACUUCCCCUUCAUAGAUUAUAACCAGCGCGUUCUUGUCGACAUCCGCUAUGAUGAUAAUAAUGAUGAUGACGAUGAUGAUAUUGUGGCUGUAACCAGUUCAUAUCGAUCUAUCUAUCUAUCUAUCUAUCUAUCUAUCUAUCUAUCUAUCUAUCUAUCUAUCAGCCUGUUCAUUUCUAUCUAUCUAUAUAUCUGUCUAGUAAAUCUAUUCAUAUCUAUCUAUCUAUCUAUCUAUCUAUCUAUCUAUCUAUCUAUCUAUCUAUCUAUCUAUCUAUCUAUCUAUCUAUCUCAGUUUGACCAUAUCUAUCUACGUGUCUAUCCAAGCCAACGUGCACUCUCCUGUUUGUGUUUGUCUAUAUUCAUAUCUGCCUUAAUCAAAUUUUAG